AGCCAUUUCGCGCACGAGCCGCUCGACGCAAGGCCGAAUCUCGAACGUCCCCUCUGGCGGCCCCAAGCCUCCCCGCCAUGGGCAGCUCCGCCCUCGUCCUGGCCCUGGGUCUGCUGCCCGCCCUUGCGAGCGGCCACGCGUUCCUGACGAAGCCCGAGAUGCGCGGCGGGGCCUACAACAACGUGGGGAACGGCUACUGCCCGCAGUGCUUGGGGUCCACCGACCUUCCAAUGGCGACCUGCGGGAACGCCCACUUCCUGGACGCGGUCGGCCCGGUGACCGAGCUGCGGGCGGGGCAGCUGGCCGAGUUCGUGAUCACCGUCACCGCCCACCACAAGGGGCACUUCGUCUUCCGGCUCUGCGACCAGCGCCUGGACAGCCAGACUGGUGACUACCAGGCGCAGGAGGAAUGCCUGAAUGAGCACGUCCUGAGCCGGGCCAGGCCAGAGGAGGUCCACGCGGAUUGCCAGCCAAACGACCCACGAGGUGAUUGUCAGCCCUACGACGAGGCUAACCCUGGGCACUGGUACCUCCCACCCCAUAACGGGUCACACCUCACCCGCACGCAGCACCGCUUCCACUACCGGAUCCCCGCCGACCUCACAUGCGAGAGCUGCACUCUGCAGUGGUGGUGGAUGAGCGCGAACAGUUGCACUCCGCACCCGGACGCCUACAGGUGCUACUUCCAGGAAAUGGAGCGGCAGGGGUGGGACGCAAGCGCGUGGUGCGAUGGCGUGGUGUGCUCCUACCAGGGCGAGUGCCCAGCGGAGCAGGGCGGCCCCGUGCUCUGCGGCGAGCAGUUCAAGAACUGCGCGGACGUCCGGCUGGUGGAGGGCGGCGGGGCGUCCGCGGGCCCAACGCCCGCGCCAUCGCCCACGGAGCCGACGUCGCCCACGGAGCCUCCAGAAACUCCGGAGCCGGAGCCGGAGCCCGAGCCCGAGGGGAGCAAGCAGCUGGUGGCGUUCGUGGAGAACUGGCUGCCGUGCCCGAGCCUGGACAAGAUUCGGGGCUACGACAAGGUUAUCGUCUCUUUCGCGGUCAGCUACACGUGGAGCCCCACGAAGAAUCAGUGCGACCAGAGCUGUACCAUCGGGGUGCCCGCCACGUGCGACAACCAGGCCAAGCCCGACCUGAUCGAGACGUGGCGGCAGGCGGGCACGAAGGUCUUGCUCUCCUUCGGCGGCGCGGGCAUGGGCGGGAGCUGGGCCGGCGACGUGAACGACUGUUGGGAAUACUGCUUCGGGAGGGUGGACAGCGUGGUGAGCCGCUUGGUGGAGAUCAUCGACAGCCAGGGCUUCGACGGCGUGGAUAUGUGGCUGCCUGCGUACGACCACACGGACACGUCCAGCCAGUUCCUGAAGGAUUUGACCACGGGGCUCCGCGCCGCGCUGCCCCCCGGGAAGAUCAUUUCCCACGCGCCCAUGGAUGGGGAUAUCGCCGCUGGAGCACCGUACUUCAGAGUCCUCCAGGAGGUCGCCUCCAGCGUCGACUACCUCUUGCCUCAGUAUUACAACGGCCCGCUCAGGCCCGCGAUCGACACCCAGCCCGCCAUAGAGCACAUGGGACACCUCGUGGACGAUAUCUUCGGCGGCGACGCCAGCAAGGUUGUGUUUGGCUUCUGCAUCGCCGACUGCUCUGGGACCGGCAGCAACGUGGACGGCAGCCAGGCCGCCGCCAUCCUCCAGGACGUCGCCGCGGCGUUCCCCGGGCACGGCGGGGCUUUCUUGUGGGCCGCCUCCGACGACGUUGGCUGGUCCGAGCCGGUGAGGCAGGCGCUGGGCUCCGCGCCCAGCGUGACGCCGUUGCCCACGCCUGCGGUGCCGACGCCGGCGCCCACGGAGGCGCCCACGACGCCGUCGCCCACGCUGGCGCCGCCGAUGCCGACGCCCACGGAGGCGCCCGCGACGCCGUCGCCCACGCCUGCGGUGCCGACGCCGGCGCCCACGGAGGCGCCCACGACGCCGUCGCCCACGCUGGCGCCGCCGACGCCGACGCCCACGGAGGCGCCCGCGACGCCGUCGCCCACGCCGGCGCGCCGCCGACGGCGACGCCCACGGAGGCGCCCGCGACCCCGUCGCCCACGCCGGCGGUGCCGACGCCGACGCCGGCGCCCACGGAGGCGCCCACGACCUCCCCCUCCGCGUCCGGCGGGGAGCCCAGCGUCUGCGAAGCGGCUGUGGCCCACCACGGCAAGGCCUGGGACUUCGCUGGGCCCUGUUCCGCGUGCCUGGCUGGGAACAACGUCUGCUACGACGACCCUGAGCAUGAUUCUCAGAGCCUCUGCUCGCAGUGGCCCGAGAACGUGUGGUGCGGAGAAGCGUCGCUCGUGGAGUCUCGCCGCAGCAGGCGCCGGCCGCACGCCUUCCUGGGCACGGCUCUGCUCCAGACCGUGUGCCCUCUGUCGCGCGCUUCUCCCAGCGAGGUGCUCGGGGCCUGAGCCCGGCCUCUUUUGCCCGAUGGGGGUGCCGAAGAGCCCCUCUCCGAGACGUCGCUCCAUUGUUGCCGCCCACCAGUGCCGGCAAGACGUCGCGGCGCACCCGUCGUCGCCCUCUGCCUGCAGCGUCCUGGCAGCGCUCGAGGCAGGAUCCGGAAACAGUGCCCAGGCGAGCUGUCAGGAGAAGGGAAGGAAAGUAGGCAGAUAAGCUCUAUACGGAUUGAA